CAUCGCCUCUCAGACAGUCAACGUGGUUGGAGACGAACAGUAACAACCCUCCUGCUGCUGCUACCGGAUCUAUUUGGCACCGCGACUUUUCUCUCCAACCGCCUGACAGGAUUGAGAUGUUACAGUUUAGGUUUUCCACAGUGCUCAAGGAGUUGUUAGAAGCCACCCUCAAGCGUCCCUUGUCCGGCUCUAGACAGAACCCCUGGUUGCCGACCCGCCACUGCUGCUUCGGCACCGCCUCCCUUGAUGCCCGAGCUCAACUGAAGGUCCUCCAUGCCGCUGCGCACCGCCCGGCGUUGCGCACCGCGCCCUUCGCCGCCCCGUUCCGCUCCUACUGCGCGAAAACCGAAGGCGCAGUGGAGCUGGACGAACAGCUGAAGAAAGAGGGUGACAGCAGUGAGGCAGACAGCGACAAGAGAAGAAAUGCAGGCAUUCUCCCGAGUUUGGAGGACUUGCUCUUCUACACAGUCGCAGAAGGUCAAGAGACGAUUCCUGCUCACAAAUUUCUCACAGCGCUUAAAGCCACUGGGCUUCGGACUGGAGACCCCAGACUGAAGGAAUGCAUGGAAACCCUCAAAGAAACUCUAAAGAACACAACAGAUGGCGUUACACUGGACAGGCACCUAUUCAAGAAGUGUGUCCAGAGCAACAUUGUCCUGCUCACUCAGGCCUUCCGCAAGAAGUUCGUCAUCCCAGACUUCCAGUCCUUCUCCUCCCAUAUUGAUGAGCUGUAUGAGAGUGCCAAAAAUCUCUCUGGAGGACAGGUUGCAGACUACAUUCCCCAGCUACACACAGUCGGAGACACAAAGGUCCCCUUCUGUCUGCAGUCCUGUGUCAAGCCUCUAAAGUAUGCUGUUGCUGUUCAUGACUACAGCACGGAGUAUGUGCACAGUUUCAUUGGGAAGGAGCCCAGUGGCCUGCGCUUUAAUAAGCUCUUCCUGAAUGACGAUGAUAAGCCUCACAACCCCAUGGUGAACGCUGGCGCUAUUGUGUGUACUUCACUGAUAAAGCAAGGUGCAGGCAACGCAGAAAAAUUUGACUAUGUCAUGAACUUUCUGAAAAAGAUGGCAGGAAACGAGUAUGUGGGUUUCAGCAACGCCACAUUCCAGUCUGAGCGUGAGUCAGGCGACAGGAACUUUGCCAUCGGCUACUACCUGAAAGAGAAAAAGUGUUUCCCAGAGGGCACAGACAUGACCUCUGUACUGGACUUCUACUUUCAACUGUGCUCCAUUGAGGUGACCUGCGAGAGCGCCAGCGUCAUGGCAGCCACCCUGGCCAACGGCGGCAUCUGCCCAAUCACGGGCGAGCGCGUGCUGAGCCCCGAGGCGGUGAGGAACACAUUGAGUCUGAUGCACUCCUGCGGCAUGUACGACUUCUCGGGACAGUUUGCUUUCCAUGUUGGUCUGCCAGCCAAAUCUGGAGUAGCAGGGGGGAUCCUGCUGGUUGUACCCAACGUGAUGGGUAUUAUGUGCUGGUCACCUCCACUAGACAAGCUGGGCAACUCAGUCAGAGGAAUACAGUUCUGCUUGGACCUCGUGGAGCUUUUCAACUUCCACAACUACGACAACCUGAGGCACUUUGCCAAGAAGCACGACCCUCGCAGAGAAGGAGGGGACCAGCGGGUCAAGACCGUCAUCAACCUGCUGUUUGCUGCCUACACAGGAGACGUCUCUGCCCUGAGGAGGUUUGCGCUGUCAUCCAUGGACAUGGAGCAGAGGGACUACGACUCGAGAACGGCCCUCCAUGUGGCAGCGGCUGAAGGACACACAGAGGUGGUGCGCUUCCUCCUGGAGGCCUGCAAGGUGAACCCAGUACCCAGAGACAGAUGGGGCAACACGCCGAUAGAGGAAGCGGUGCACUUCGGCCACCACGAUGUCGUCACCAUCCUGCAGCAGUACAACGACAAAUACAGCCCCCCUUCUGCUGCUGUCGACACGGAGAGCGCUGAGAAGAGCCUGGACAGCCUGCUGUAGACCUGCUGCACACAUCUAUAGAACAAGUUCCUACGCGGCGUUGUGCUUCUCUGGAUUAACUUAAACGUGAUGAAUUAGUUAUUUGCUUUUGUUGCUUUAGUUGCUUUCUGGCUGUACAUCUCAUCCUCGCCCGUCUCAUGAUGUAACGUGUCUUGUAUGUGUGAGCGAGCGCCUUAUCAGCACUGUUAAAACAAAUGAUACAAUAUCUAGAUAUCCGUAAAUGCAACGUUUACAGCAUACUACUCCAUGUAAUCUGUCGGUCUGUCAAUCACGUUUGUGGUAUCACAGGAUUUAGAUUGUAUCAAAGUGUAUUAGUUUAGUUACAGUACAGUUUCUAUUGUACUAUUCUCUACCUGGUAAUAUUUGGAUUGUAUUAGUUUUGUGAGAAGUGAGGUGUGUGGAAAUUAUGGUAUAAACUUUAUAAUGCGUGUUUGAUCGUAUGAUACGUGUGUGUGGGCACACUGCGGUUGUCUGCCUGUCGGAUCUCCAUAUUACCUGCAUUGUUCUCAAGCUUGUUCUCGGGGCUGUUGCGAGUUCAAUCGGCAGGUUUUUACGAAGCUUCAAAUCUCCUCUGAAGUUUGGUGAAAGAAUGUACUCUGAAUCUAUUUUUCAGUGGCAACACUUCUAGCAACAGAAGCAGUAUGUAUUUAUUUCAUAAAGAGACUUUUUAAAGUGUAAAAUUCUUCUAAAGACGUUGAGACUGUAAUUUGGGAUGGAGUAAAGUUGGUGUCUUUAUUUUAGUUUUUUAUUCAAAGUUACAUUUUUCUGUGUGUGAGUACAUAAAGAUGGACGACGUAACUCCACUUCCUCCCACUGUACAAAAAUGAAGGGAAAACAUGUCCUACAAAAGGCAAAGAGCAAUAAUUCCAGAGAAGCUGAGAAAAAAGGGUUUAAAGUUUUUAACGGACUCUGUAACAUAUAAUUUGUAAUUCCUCCAUAUUAUGUUUUUUUGUGCUUAAUAUUUCACAGCAAAAGAUAAUUAAUGGAAACCUUUUGAAAAACUUCAGGGGAAAACACAAUAUUAUUAUUAAAACACUAUUAAUAACAAUUAUUUUGAAAUGAAUGUUAAUUAAAUAAGUGAUUAAACAUGACCACACCAAAUUAUGAAUUCCACUGGAGUCAAACAUGAUGAUUUUAUAGCAUCAAAUAACGAAUUAAAAGAUCAAAAUUAACAUAUGAAUAAAGAUCAGCAUGAUAAGAACUACCAAAAAUGACAGAAACCAUAACUGGGAACAUUUUAUUUGACUACCACCGGGGGGGCAAUCAAGAUGUUUUUGCUUCACUUUUGGGGAGCUGUCAUGUCGUCCAUUUUUAUAAACAGUCAGUGGUGAGAGUUUUUAAACUUGACAGAAGAUUGUGGAUCACAUCCUCCAUCCUUCCUGUCAACAGUGUCAGCAAACAAAUUCCUUUUUCAAACGAAACAUAAGAAUCUAAUGAAGAUUUUAUAUUUUUGCAAAUUGGUUUCAUUACUUACAGACAAUCACAUUUCUUGGGUUUCCUGCACGGAACAACUUCAGCAACACAGGACAAUUUAUGAAACGUUUGACGAUGACAGUAAUUAUUCUGAAUUUCUUGGAGUAAUUCUUACAGAACUGAUGCUAUUUCCCAAUUCUCUGUCACAUAUUUCCAGUCAAAAAGUAGAAUGUAAAGAAUGUACUGUAAGAAUGUACCGAAAUGUCCUCAAUGAUAUGUAGUAUGAGAAAGUAUAUAAAUGUCAACAUUGCAUACCGUACAAUAACUGUAACAGGCUUCAAGUCAUGGUGGCGGUUUUUCAUAGUUGCACUGUAGCAAUAUGUAUUUCCUGAAAACUGGAAUUUAAAAUACUUUACACUGUAUUCACUAUAUGAUCUCACUCAACGUUAGCUUGACAGCUUUAAUAUCUCAAUAGUGAUUCUUGGUGUUUGAUCUUUGAAAAUUACAAAGAAAGGAGCCGACACAAUACUGGUAGAAAAAAAAUAUUCUGUACACUGUGGAGCCCCAGAAGGACGACCUGAUGAGUCUAAAGUAAAGUUUAAAACAUCUUAUUACAAAUAUGAAGGGAUUCCCUAAAAUGCAUAACUGGUAUCUUAAACAUUACAAAUGUGUAGCUGAGUAAUGAACUACUUUAGUCUUGAAAGUCAUAGAUAGUCGACAUUUAAAUCUGAAUUCUUUCUGGCCUCCAUUUUGUGCCCUUUCUUGUACUUGUAGUGGUUGAUAUCAUAUUUAAAAGUCAGAGGUGGAAGGAGUAGUCGGAUCCUUUACUUAAAUACGAUGUAAAAAUACUCUAUUAUAAGUAAAAAGUUUAAGUUUUUCAUUUAAAAAGUAGAAGUACCUCAGCUACGUCAGUGCAGCAUUUUAUUGUUGUAGCUGAUUGGUGAAGCUAGUUUAAGAGGGGUAAUUUAAAAAAUAUAUAUAAAAGUUAAAUAUAAAAGGUUACUAAAAAUAUCAGGAAAACUCAUCUCUGAUGUAAUCAC